AUGUCAGGUCCGCCCUUUACGGUCCGCUCGGUCUUCGAGUAUGCUUCGGGCCACGAUGACGACCUCAACUUCCCGAUCGGUCAAAUCCUGACCGUUACCGCCCUGGAGGACGACGAUUGGUAUUACGGUGAAUACUCAGACGCCCGGGGGGCCAAGCAGGAGGGCAUAUUCCCGAAAAACUUCGUUGAGAAAUAUGAGCCUCCGGCCCCUCCGAGGCCAUCUCGACCCAGACCCAAAAAGGAGCCCGAGCCGGCGCCAGUGGAGUCCCCCGUGGUCGAAAGUAAGCAGGCUGAGCCCGAGCCUGAGCCAGAGGUGCAACCCACGGAGGAAGAUUAUGAGGUUGUAUCCCCGCAGCCACCUCAGCCACAGUCUCCUCCUUUACGUGCGAGCGCCCCUAUAGCAGAAGUUGCAUCCUCGCCUCCGCAGCCGGCAAAGGCGCCCGCUCCCGCCCCUCCCGUGGCCCCAACUGAACCCGCAGCCAAGGCAUCCUCAAAACCUGCGCCUCCAGCUGUAGCGGAGAAGCCUUCGGGGUCGUCAUUCAGGGAUCGCAUUGCUGCCUUCAACAAACCUGCAGCAGCACCAGUUACGCCAUUCAAACCGGGUGGUUCCCAGCCAUCCUUCAUCAAGAAGCCUUUUGUCGCGCCGCCUCCUAGCCGGGACGCCUACAAGCCUCCACCAAGGGAACCUGCACCCAAGGUCUACAAAAGAGAGGAGGAUCCCGAUGUGAAGGAACAAAUUGCCCGCGAGCCUCCAGUUUCUGAAAGCCGGCCUGCUCCCAUUGAAGGCGGUGAAGAGGGAGCAGAGGACCAGCCCAAGCCAACUAGUCUGAAGGACCGAAUUGCUUUGCUCCAGAAGCAGCAAUUAGAGCAAGCUCAGCGUCAUGCAGAAGCAGCUCAGAAGAAAGAAAAACCUUCCCGCCCUCCUAAGAAGUCGAUGGAUGAACCUGUGGCUCCCGCAGUCCUCGACGACGAACAGGAGUCUCCCUUUGUUGAAGAAUCCUCGACUGCUCGGGAUCCUAGUGUUGAUACAUUGAGGGCUGCGGCCCCUCCUCCACAGCCCCCUACCCCGUUCUCGCCCACCCAAGAAAUCGCGAGUGAUGCCAAUGACGCCGACUACUCCGCUGCUGCAGACUCCGAGGAUGCAGGCGAAACAUCCACAAGUAAGGAGGAUGAAGAAGAUCAGCCUCAGCCUCGUCCAGUCUCUCAGCGUCAACCGUCGACUCGUGCAGUCGAGCAAACUGCCGAGGCAGAUGUUGAAGACGAGGGCGAUGCAGAGGAAGAGGAGGAAAUGGAUCCUGAAACCAGGCGUAGAAUGGAACUGCGUGAGCGAAUGGCCAAGAUGAGCGGCGGAAUGGGUAUGAUGGGUCUCUUCGGCCCGCCUGCCGGAGGUAUGCCAGGCAUGUCUGGCGCCGGUAGUGCUCGCAAGCCUAAGACUCCCGGCGAGUCAGAGAAGAGACUUGGAGAGCUCGAGCCUGAGCCCACUUCCCCUGCCAAUGCGCCCCCAGUUCCUAUGAUCCCCCUUCCUGGAAUGAACGUGGCUAGCAAGCCGACACCUUCUUCUACUGAAGUGGAGAAGGGAGAGGAGGAACCCUCGGCAACUCCGAUCACGGAACAACACUCCGCACGCGAGGUGCCAGAUGUCGAGGAGGUCAUUCACGAAGGUGCACUGCCUCGUGCCUCUAUUGACCGUCCGGUCCCGGCUCGCCCAUCGCAAGAUCGUUCGGCACCUCCUCCGCCUCCUCGAGAGUCAAGACCCGUCCCGACUGUCCCAGGUGAGCCUCCGGCUUCCCCUCCGCCAGUUCCUGCAGGCCGACCAGUUCCUCCUCCACCACGGCCCACAACUGCCGACAAGGGUGAAGAGUCUGAUGAUGAAUUGUCGGUGCACACAUCUAGUCUGUCGUUGAAUACCUCGGCUGCUCCACCGGCUGUGUUUGCACCUGCGAUACCUGAUCAGAUUGACUCUCGCCGUUCCUCAACAUAUGACCCCGUGCCCUCUACGGCUUCGACCCCUUCAGCUGAAAAGAGAGCUAGUCGGCUACCACCCCCUCUUCCAGUCAAUCCGCCCAUGCCACCAUCGUCGCAGGGCCGCGCUCCCCCUCCCCCGCCUCCCGAUCAGCUUCGUCGCCGAUCUACCGCUGAUAGUCGCACGAGUGCGUUAUCCGCUCCUCGACAGGCUGGAGAAGAAGCCGAAGGAGAGGUGACUGAAUAUGAUGGAGACUACGACACUGAUAUCGCAUCGGGUGUGAAGCACAAGGAUGCUCUGAAAGCUCACGAGCGUGAUUCUAGCUUUGACGAGGGUAUUAUCACCGACGACCAGUCCAUUCAGUCCCCGCGCAGCCCGCAGGAAUCCCGGCAUCCCCCACCUCCUCCACCCACGGCUCCCAGGGCAGUUCCGCCUCCACCUCCAAGCCAGCCGCCCCGGAAUGCCCGUACUUCUAUCGACACACCUAGGGGACCGCCGCCACCUCCGCCAAACAGAGAGCCAACCGGCGAUGAUGAUGUUGAGUAUGACCCUUUCAACUACUCCGCUCCCCGGCAUGGUCUCCCCACAUCUCCGCCCCUCCCGCUCGGUCGCCCAGAGGCUCCUCCUCCUUUUCCACCACAACAAGCGGCCGAUGAAUAUGACGAUCUGUAUGAUGCACCUCCAGUGCAGAGCCCGGUAAAGGAAAGACCGUCUGCCUUGAAUGAGAAGCGUCUUUCACUGGCGCCUAUGCCUCCCCAAAGCCAGGCUUCGGGUUUGCCAUCCCCGUCCGCAGCCCGAACCCAGCGCGCAUCUAUGGAUCUUCUAAGAAAUCAGCCUAACCUUCGUCGGUCUAUGGAUGUUUCUCGCCCAUCUAUUGACCAAGGCUACAUCGCCACCGAUGUUGAUUUCGCCACGUAUACCCUCUGGUGGACUCAACCCAACACCCCGCCUCCAGCUUUCCAGAACCGCACUGAUCUACUUUUCGAGGUCGAGGAGACUGCAUCAACAAACCGCAGUGGCAAAACAACAGUCUCGAAGGAUGUGUAUAUCCUGUUCAUUGAUUACUCUCAGACAGUCUUGAAUGUCCAAUUCGAUUCGAAGAACCCCGCGGAUGCUUCUUUCGAGCAGCGCCAUGAACCCCCGCCACUCCCGCUUCGCCAGGACCAGCUCGAGCAGGCUCAUAUUCAGCUUGGAACCCGAAUCUCGGAAGCCGUCAACUCUGUCCAAAACACUACUGUUGGAGACGGCACUCCGUUCGGACUGGUGCAGUACCUGCUCAACCCUCUUUCUGACGCGCUACUUCCCGUGGGGACCCGCGGAUACGGUGCCUCGGUUUAUUCAAACCUGGCCAAUGCCUCUGUGUCUCAGAACGACGAAAUCCGCGCCGGCGACAUUGUCAGCUUCCGCAAUGCCCGAUUCCAGGGCCACCGCGGUACCAUGCACCAGAAGUACAGCGCCGAUGUUGGAAAGCCUGACCACGUCGGCAUCGUGGUCGAUUGGGAUGGCACAAAGAAGAAGAUCCGAGCCUGGGAGCAAGGCCGUGAGAGCAAGAAGGUCAAGAUGGAGAGCUUCAAGCUCAACGAUCUCCGUAGUGGUGAAUGCAAGGUCUGGCGAGUGAUGCCCCGUAGCUGGGUGGGCUGGGAAGCCAGUAGGUAA